UAACCCUAAUUUAAUUUAAUUAUCAUCACUCAAUCUCACAUCUCUUUGACUGCAGCUUCACACGUCUAUCUCACAUUCAGUUUCCUUUACUGUUGCUGCUGUUGCCACCGGAGCCAUAUGCUGCUGCUGCCGGACCAUAUGCUGCUACCACCACUAGACCCAUCUGCUACUACUGCUGCCGGUUGCCAGCACCGGACCCAUCUGCUCUGCUGCUGCUGCCGGCUGCCACCACCGGACCCAUCUGCUGCUGCUGCUGCUAUCGGAGCCAUCUGCUGCUGCUGCUGCUAUCGGAGCCAUCUGCUGCUGCUGCUGCUAUCGGAGCCAUCUGCUGCUACCGCCACCGGAGCCAUUUGCUGCUGCUGCCUGACCCAUCUGCUGCUGCUGCUGUUGCCUGACCCAUCUGCUGCUGCUGCUACUGCUGUCACCGAACAGCCUAAGCCAUCUGCUUUGCUACUACUGCCGGAGCUAUUUAAUGUUAAUUGGUGGGGAAUGGGGAUCCCCGCGGGGAUCCACAUUCCCCGUGGGAAACAGAGAUGAGGGGCAAAAUCUGCUCCCGUCAAAAAUCCUCGUAGGGAUCCCCGGCCACGCGGGAUCUCAUUGACAUC